CAAGUCAGCACAGCUGCAUUUGUUAUGUGCACCAUAAAUAUGUAUACCUAACAAAUGUAUAAACAAUUAUGUACUAAUAAUUAAAUUAUUACUUAUCGCAUACAUAAAGUAGUGGUGCGCAAUUGAUGAUGGAAAUUAAUUAUUGAGUAUUUGUGUUUAAUGGGAUAGUAAAACAGUAUACAGCCAUAGGUCAUUCAUCUCAAAUUAUUUUUAAUCUCUACAUAUACACAUAUAUACUUUCGAGGCAGAUGGACGAUGGCGAAAUUGAGAAGAGAUUCGAUUUGGCGUUGGCGAAUACAGUGGAGUUUAGUAUCACUAGCAGCCCUGGCGCUAAUUGUUUAUAACGCAGUAGCAAAUCUGUGGCUCCUUCGCCCAACGUGCUCUGUGCCAAGCACACCCCAACCUGCAGUGUUAGAAGGCACAUGUGAGCCAUGCCUCGAUACCGCUCCUAACACGAUAGUUGAUGAUGAUCCUAUUUCCAAAAUAGAUUUGAACCUGGGAAGAUGGGACGGCUCCCGAACAUUCAAGCUAUUUGACUAUGUGGCUGUUGGUGAUUUGUACGUUGAUGUAUCGGCGAAUCGACAGGUCUGCCUCGCAACUCAGUGCUCUAUUGAAAGACUUCACGAGUUGCUGCAAAUUGCAGGGCAUUGGUCAGGUCCGAUUUCGGUGGCAGUGUUUGUGGCCGGGGAUGAAUUGAGACUUCUUCGAGCGUUUGCGAUGUGGCUGUUACGUUGUCAGCCAGAGCUGUACUCGCGAAUAGUCAUACACCUCGCUAUGCCCAUCGUUAGACCUGGGAUUCAAGGGAAUCUACCUGUAUGGGCGAGGAACUGCAAUGCGGAACCUUUGCCAAUUGGGGAGAGACGAGCUGACACAGUUGCUUGGAGGGCUAGAAAUCCAUAUCCUCAGAACCACCUUCGGAAUUUGGCGAGAAAGAACUGUCACACGCCAUACACCUUUCUCGUUGAUAUAGACAUAGUACCAUCGAAAGGAAUGGCUGAGGAACUUGAUAGGUUCUUAACGAAAGCACCAAAGUGUCAAUUGUGCGCGUAUGUAGUUCCAACAUAUGAGCUUGACAAGCGAGUGGCAAUAUUCCCGCCGAACAAGAAGGAACUGCUGAGGCUAUCGAGAAGUAAAUUAGCAAUACCGUUCCAUAGAAAAGUAUUUAUUUAUAAUCAGUACGCAUCGAAUUUUACCAAAUGGGAGGCAAGUGGCGGCAACGAAAGCCUUGAAACUCAUAUCAGCCACAAUGUAACUAACUUCGAGUUGCUGUACGAACCUUUCUACGUGGCUUCAGACACCGUACCGUCUCAUGAUGAGAGAUUUUUAGGCUAUGGAUUUACGAGGAAUACACAGGUAUACGAAAUGUUCCUCAUCGGAUACCAAUUCAAAGUUUUAUCUCCGAUUUUUACAAUACACUGGGGCCUCCAAAUGCGACGAAACCGCCCCCUAUGGCGUGAAAAACAAAACGAGAAAAACAGAAAACACUUCGAGUCCUUCAAAAGGGAACUAUUCGCUAGAUAUAGGAAGGAUCCACUACAUUUAUUGAGGAAAAGUGUGCAAGCGAAAAAGACAUAGGCCUCGCAAGGCCGCGCGUGUGCUGCCGGCCUUAUUUGGACUAUUUCAGUGCUGACAAAACUUAUAUGACCAGAGACUAGUGAAUUUUGUGACGUGAAAUAUCUAGAGACGUAAACAAGGAUUUAGAAUAGGUAUAAUAAUUGUUUGUUGUAUGCAGUUUGUGUAUAUUUUCAGAUGGGCUAGGCUAAACAUAAAAACGUAGGCAAAUUGGUUU